CUUUCAAUCAUCUGGCUAAAUGGAAAGUAAAUUUUAUCUUUUUUUGCUCCACUUUUUCAUUGAUUUGAUUUUUUUUGUACAUAUUAUCGUUGAAUCAUUGUCCGUUUGAAAUUGUGCUUGGAUAGUUGGAGUGUAUCAUCAACUACCUCCAGUGGAUAACUGAAAACAUCUUUAACUAACAGUAUCAACCAUCACACUUUUCCUUUAUCCUCUUCCUCCUCCUCAUCAUUUUUUUGCCUAAAAAUGUAUGCUAAAAUUAACAACAUCAAAAUCAUCUUUUUAGUGGGAUGUUCCAUAGGAGUUUUUAUUGGUCUCUGGAAGACCCUUUUAGCCCUGUUGACAAUUUAUAUUGUCAGCGGUGGUUGGACUUUUCUUAGAAUUAUUGUACGUACAGCUUCUCGUGAUUUGAAAAGCCUUUACCGUUUAGUCAAAACCAAAGUUUCGUUGUACCUAAUGAAGAAACGCAAUGCCACCAUACCUCAGCUAUUUCUUCAAACUGUCAAAAAACAUCCUAACCGAGCUGCAAUCCUUUUUGAAGAUCAAGUGUGGACCUUUAAAGAUCUUGAUGAUUAUUCAAAUAAGGUAGCAAAUGCUUUUCUCGGCCUAGGUUAUCAACCUGGCCAAGAGGUUGCCCUUUUCAUGGAUUCACGUCCAGAAUUUAUAGCCCUUUGGUUGGGUCUUUCAAAAGCUGGAAUAAUUACAGCUCUCAUUAAUGCCAAUCUUCGUUUGGCCACAUUAGUCCAUUCAAUAACUGUUGUUAAAUGUAGAGCUGUCAUUUUUUCAAGUGAACUUUCUAAAGCAAUCGAAGAAAUAGCUCCAACCUUGGAUAAGAAACAAGAAGGAAUGCAAUAUUUAUGCCUAGGAAAAUGCGACUCCAAUAUCAUUUCAGCUAAACCACUGCAUAAUUUGAUUGAUGAAAGUUCGUCCUCACUUCCAUCGACCGUGUGGAAAGGCAACGUUAAUGAUCGUUUGUUUUAUAUUUACACAUCGGGUACUACAGGACUACCCAAAGCUGCUAUCAUCAAACAUAAUCGUUACUAUUGGAUGGGUGCUGCUCUCCGAAAUUUGAUUGGAUUCCGUCCAAAUGAAGUUAUCUACAAUUGUCUUCCUCUUUAUCAUUUAGCUGGCGGUUCAUUAGGAACGUGUCAAUGUUUAAUUUUUGGUGAUACCAUUGCCCUUCGAGCAAAAUUUUCCGCUUCAAAGUUUUGGACUGAUUGUAUCAAAUAUAACUGCACGGCUGCCCAAUAUAUUGGUGAAAUAUGUCGAUAUCUAUUAGCUCAAAACCCUAAACCAACUGAUACUCAGCAUAAAGUUACUUUAAUGUUUGGCAAUGGUUUAAGGCCUAAAAUUUGGUCCCAAUUUGCCAAUCGAUUCAACAUUACUCGAAUCGGUGAAUUUUAUGGUUCAACUGAGGGCAAUGCCAAUGUCAUUAAUGUUGACAAUCAAGAAGGCUCAUGUGGCUUUAUUUCACGCAUAUUACCCAGUGUCUAUCCAGUGGCAUUGAUUAAAAUUGAUGAAAACACUAAUGAACCUGUUCGAGAUGCAAAUGGAAUGUGUGUUCUCUGUCAAGGUGGUGAAUGCGGUGAAUUUGUUGGUAAAAUCAUUGAAUCGGAUCCCUCACGAGCAUUUGACGGCUAUGUUGACUCUGAAGCAUCUAAAAAGAAAAUUGUUCGAGACGUUUUUCGUAAAGGUGAUUCAGCCUUUCUUUCAGGCGACCUUCUUUACAUGGAUACCUACGGUUAUCUGUAUUUUAAAGAUCGUACCGGUGAUACUUUCCGUUGGAAAGGUGAAAAUGUUUCAACCAGUGAGGUAGAAGCAGUUAUUAGUAAUAUUUUGGAAUUGGUUGACUGUGUUGUUUUUGGUGUUGAUAUUCCUGGUUGUGAAGGUAAAGCUGGAAUGGUAGCCAUUUUGGAGACUGAGAAAGGCCUUGAUUUAGAUAAUUUCUUACACAAAAUGCACAAAGUGUUGCCCUCUUUUUCAAUACCGGUGAUAGUUCGUAUUGUUUCACAAAUGGAAACUACAGGAACAUUUAAAUUGACCAAGACCAAAUUUUGCAGUGAAGGAUAUAAUCCACAAGUUGUUAAAGAUCCGUUGUAUGUUUUGGAUUUCUCGAAAGACAAAUAUAUAAGGAUUGAUGAAAAUGUUUAUAAUGAUAUAUUAACAUCAAAAUUAAGAAUUUGAGAGAACUUUUAUUUUCUUCAAGAAAAUCGCAACAAACGGCAAAGCACGAUAUAUUCAAAAGUUAUCAUAAUCAAAAAGAGGAACACGAGAUCAGGAUAAAAUUUACCAAGUUAGGAAAAUGUACAAGCAACGAACAAGCCAAAAAGAAAAUACUUUCCAAACCAAAGGCUUCAUGUGGGAUAAACAGAUGAAAAUGCUUCUUCAUUUAUUACUUUUUUCUUCUCCUUCUUGUUGUCAAAAGUCAUCUCCAUUUCAUCAAGAAUAAGGACUUUGAAAAUUAUAAGAUUGUUAUAAGAUGAUUAAUUUUCACGACCUCAAGUGUUUUCUACAAUAUUACCGAGCUAUGCUUCCCAUCAUCAUCCAUUAUUUCUAUAUUUAAUAUCAUCAGUCAUCUUCGCUGUUUUCUGAAUUCUACUUUUUUUUAACAAAAAUCAUCUUACGGCAAACUGACAUGUCCAUAAGUCUUUGCUCGCUCGUCUUUUUCGCUGUCUGUGAUAGAGUAAUCAACUAUUUUACCAAUUUGAUGAUUUAAAGCAACCAAAAGGAAGAAAAAGUCCAAGCAAAAAUUGUUUUCACCACUUGGACCCCAAAAGAAAUCUGGAGAUGGAUUUAAAGCAACUUAGAGAGAAACAUUUAUGGAAAAGAAUGUGUAUUUUGUUACAAUCAAUCAAAAAUGGGCACAAAUGGAUAUCACCUAGUUUAUCCUUUGAUUGACUAGUGAUAUUUGUGAGUGUAGAUAACUGCGUGGUCCAUGUUCCUGGAAGUAAAAAAAAGAUAUGAAUAUAUAUAUUCAAAAUAUAUAUAUUUAUGAAUUAUAAAUAGUAUAAAUAAUAGAUGUCAGAUUUUUAAAGAAAGAUUUUCAGCUCAUAUUGGAUACAUUAAGUGGACUAAUGAAUUGUGAAUAGAGAAAAUCUAGUGUUUUUUUUCAUUGUAAAAUCCAUUUCAAACUACAAUUGAAACUAAUGCCAGAGUUUUUAUUAUAAGAUUGACAACUUAACAUGUUUUUAUUACCAAUAAUUGAGUAAGAAUCUCACCAAUGAAGAUUUAAAAUGAACUUAAAAAAAUAGUCUUCAUUUCUUACUUAAUUAGAUUUUUAACUUCACAAAAUAGUUUCAGUUUUUAUUUGAAAUGGAUUCAAAUUUAUCCUUUGUCUUAUUUUAAUCACAGAUUUUAUCUAUCUUAAUUUAUUUGAUUCUUGUCAAAUUGUUAAUAUAUAUGUCGAUAUGGAGUUUAAUUUGAUUUGAAAUGGUGAGAAAUGCACUGUAAAAAGUAAUAAGGAAAAGUAUAUCAUUCAGACAAAGCCUACAAUGAUUGUGAUGCCGAUGAUGGUGAUGAUGUUCAAAUUGAGGAAACAAAAAAUAGAUACAAACAAGGUUUAUUACUAAAUGGUUGUUAAAUAUUUCAUCCAGUGCCGUCAUUGUAAUCAUUUGAUCAUCACUUUCGUCAUCCAAUAUCCCAAUAUUGUAAAUGCUUUUCAUUGUUAUUAUUAUUUCAUCUUUACUUCAUAAAACUUACCAAGCGAAAUAUUGUUCAACCUAUCUUCAGAACUUUUGUUUAUUUAUAAUGCAAUUGUAAUUCCAGUUUCAGGUUUAUUGUCAUUUAUAUUGUACUAUUAUUAUCAUCAUUAUCAUUAUUAUUACAAUUAUUUCAAUCUGAA